AUGCCGCCACCCUACAGCGUUGGCAAGCCGAUGAGCCUCAAGGAGAGGCGUGCUAUGUUCGCGGAAGCGCAGCAGCGCGACGAGGGCAAGCGGUUUAUACCGCUCAACGACGAAGAUGACGACGAUGCCGAAGACGCUGAGUCUACGUUAUAA